GCGGCGGCCCCUCGUAACGUACUUCCUUUUCGGAGUUCACGUUAGCAGUCGCCACCCGUUUAGGACUCCGGACCUCCCUGGCGCAUGUUAGUGUCGUCCCUUGUCGAGGAUUUGGCCCGCACUUCCCUGGCGCACGUUAGCAUCGUCCCUCGUGUAGGACGCGCCCGAACGUCUUUUACAUCGCUGACACCCAUUCGAAAUCUCGGCACGGCGGUGACGAAACCCGAGACGAGUCCAAAAAAUCCCUUCUCGCGCCCUCCCCCGACAAAAGCGAAAGGAAGUUCCCGAAUCCCAUCAUGGCAGGGACUCGGUCCGAGUUCGAUCUCGGGGCAUCUGCGGCGCCCCCAUUCGGGAUCCGGGAGUACGCCUUCGCCGAUGCGGGAAACCUGGAGCAUUGCGCCAAGUACCUUAACCAGACGCUGGUGACCUUUGGAUUCCCCGCGUCCCUUGAUCUCUUUGCUACGGAUCCCGUCUCGAUUGCAAGGACCUGCAACUGUAUUCAUUCUCUGCUACAACAGAGGCAGCGGGACAUCGAGUUCAGGGAUGCCUCCAAUGAGCAGAGACAAAGACUGCAAUCUGAUAUUUCAAGAUUAGAGGCAAAAGUCGAGAGGCUUGAGGCACAAUUAGCUGCAAAAGAUCGAGAGCUAGCUAGUUUAACACGAACGGAGGCUAAAAAAACAGCAAGUUUGAAGGCUCAGAUUGACAAGCUGCAGCAGGAACGAGAUGAAUACCAAAAAAUGGUCAUUGGAAAUCAGCAAGUGCGCACACAACAAAUACAUGAAAUGAAGAAGAAGGAAAAGGAAUACAUAAAGCUGCAGGAGAGACUGAACCAAGUGCUGAUGGAGAAAAAGAAGGAAUCUCGGUCAGGAAUGGAGAUUAUGAACCUUUUGCAGAAAGAAGGGCGUCAACGUGGGACAUGGAAUGGAAAGAAGGCUGACAACGAUUUCUAUAAGAUGAUAGUUGAUGCAUAUGAGGUGAAGAAGCAAGAGCUGAUGGCAGAGAAUUCUGAUCUGCGGGCUUUGUUACGUUCUAUGCAGAUGGAUAUGCGUGACUUUCUAAAUGCUCCAAGUGGUCUAUCACAACAAACCUCUACUGUGAAUGAAAGACAGGAUGCUGACUCUCCGCAAUCCCCUUUGGGUGGCAGAACGGAUGUCUUUGAUCUACCUUUUCACAUGGCCAGAGAUCAGAUAGAAGAGAGUUUGCGUACCAAGAUGGCUUCAAUAAAGUCAAGGAUGGUACAGUUGCAAGAUGCACAAAAAGGAGCGGAAUUGACCUGUGAAGCAACUGAAAGGGAACUUGAGCUUGAGGCUCAACUUGUUGAAGCUAGAAGCAUUAUUCAAGAGCAGGCUUCAAUAAUGUCAAAACAUUUAGCAAAAAAUGACAAGCCAAGGAGAUUGAGCAGCCAUUUUGAUGCCGAGAGGGAGGUGACCCAUUCAACAUCUGCUGAGGAAGUCUAAAAGCUCAGGAUAGCAUGAUGGUAUGCUGAUGGCGGUGAAGAACUUUUUCUAGUUUAAACCUAGCGGCAUAGUUUCGUAGUUAUUACCACAAAUGCUUUGUCACAUGAACACUGUAUAAUAUCCUUAGUUGACAAGUCACGUGGAUUCAGAGUACCCCUACCGAAUCCAUCGAUGUAGAUCAGUGUAGUGCUUCUUGGCAAGUCGAAAGUAGUCAUCUUCAAUUUGCAGCUAUAGUUACUUGGCUCAGUCAUUUAUUUUUAAAUGUUGGUACCUUCAGCAAUUUGGAAACUGCAGAAGAUUAUUGUGAACUAUAAUGCAACAUUACAAGAUCCACAAAUUCCAUU